GCGCCCACCGCUGCUGCAGGGCGGGCGCCGCGAGGAGGAAUUCCGGUGCCUGCGUGCAGCCCCCUCGUUUUCACGCGCGGCCGCCGCAGCCUCUCGGUACACUUUGUUGCCCGUCACCCCCGGGCCUGGGGAUGCGCCCAGGGUAGCCCUUGUCCCGGGACCGAGCCCGUCUGUCGCCCGCUGCCUCCCGCCUCCGUGUGCCCUGGUUCUGAGAAGACGCCUGUGUCGUGCGGUUAUGCAAUGGUCUCUGCAAGAUGGUUUAUUCUUGAAUUGGAGCUUUUUAAGACUGACAAAUGCUGGUACUUCAUCUUCUAUAAGUGGACUAUAAUUUCUUUUCUCAAGACAACUACUUAAGCAGACAAAAUUGCAAAGAUCUGCCCUGUGUCGAGUAUGACAGCCACAACUCGUGGCUCUCCAGUCGGAGGGAAUGACAACCAGGGCCAGGCUCCUGAUGGACAGUCUCAGCCCCCCCUCCAGCAGAAUCAGACUUCAUCGCCUGAUUCUUCCAAUGAAAAUUCUCCGGCAACUCCCCCAGAUGAACAAGGUCAAGGUGAUGCGCCACCACAGUUUGAAGAUGAGGAACCUGCAUUUCCACAUACCGAUCUGGCAAAGUUGGAUGACAUGAUCAACAGGCCUCGCUGGGUGGUUCCAGUUUUGCCGAAAGGAGAAUUAGAAGUGCUUUUAGAAGCUGCUAUUGACCUUAGUAAAAAAGGCCUUGAUGUUAAAAGUGAAGCAUGUCAGCGAUUUUUUCGAGAUGGACUAACAAUAUCAUUCACUAAAAUCCUUACAGAUGAAGCAGUGAGUGGCUGGAAGUUUGAAAUUCAUAGAUGUAUUAUUAAUAAUACUCAUCGUCUGGUGGAGCUAUGUGUGGCCAAGUUGUCCCAAGACUGGUUUCCACUUCUAGAACUUCUCGCCAUGGCCUUAAAUCCUCAUUGCAAAUUCCAUAUCUACAAUGGUACACGUCCAUGCGAAUCGGUUUCCUCAAGUGUUCAGUUGCCUGAAGAUGAACUCUUUGCUCGUUCUCCAGACCCUCGAUCACCAAAAGGUUGGCUAGUGGAUCUUCUCAACAAAUUUGGCACUUUAAAUGGGUUCCAGAUUUUGCAUGACCGUUUUAUUAAUGGAUCAGCAUUAAACGUUCAAAUAAUUGCAGCCCUUAUUAAACCAUUUGGACAAUGCUAUGAGUUUCUUACUCUUCAUACAGUGAAAAAGUACUUUCUUCCAAUAAUAGAAAUGGUUCCUCAGUUUUUAGAAAACUUAACUGAUGAAGAACUGAAAAAAGAAGCAAAGAAUGAAGCCAAAAAUGAUGCUCUUUCAAUGAUUAUUAAAUCUUUGAAGAAUUUAGCUUCAAGGGUUCCAGGACAAGAAGAAACUGUAAAAAACUUAGAAAUAUUUAGGUUAAAAAUGAUACUUAGAUUAUUGCAAAUUUCUUCUUUCAAUGGAAAGAUGAAUGCGCUGAAUGAAGUUAAUAAGGUGAUAUCUAGCGUAUCAUACUAUACCCAUCGGCAUGGUAAUCCUGAGGAGGAAGAGUGGCUCACAGCUGAACGAAUGGCAGAAUGGAUACAACAGAACAAUAUCUUAUCCAUAGUCUUGCGAGAUAGUCUUCAUCAACCACAGUAUGUAGAAAAACUAGAGAAGAUUCUUCGUUUUGUCAUCAAAGAAAAGGCUCUGACCUUACAAGAUCUUGAUAAUAUCUGGGCAGCACAGGCAGGGAAACAUGAAGCCAUUGUGAAGAAUGUACAUGAUCUACUGGCAAAAUUGGCAUGGGAUUUUUCUCCUGCACUUGAUCAUCUUUUUGAUUGCUUUAAGGCCAGUUGGACAAAUGCAAGUAAAAAACAACGUGAAAAGCUACUUGAACUGAUACGUCGUCUUGCAGAAGAUGAUAAAGAUGGUGUGAUGGCACACAAAGUGUUGAACCUUCUGUGGAAUCUGGCCCACAGUGAUGACGUGCCUGUAGAUAUCAUGGACCUGGCUCUCAGUGCCCACAUAAAGAUACUAGAUUAUAGUUGCUCCCAGGACCGUGACACCCAAAAGAUCCAAUGGAUAGAUCGCUUUAUAGAAGAACUUCGCACAAAUGACAAAUGGGUUAUUCCUGCACUGAAACAAAUUAGAGAAAUUUGUAGUUUGUUUGGGGAAGCACCUCAGAAUUUGAGUCAAACUCAGCGAACUUCCCAUGUAUUUUAUCGCCAUGACUUAAUCAAUCAACUUCAGCACAAUCAUGCCCUAGUUACUUUGGUAGCAGAAAACCUUGCAACUUACAUGGAAAGCAUGAGACUGUAUGCUAAAGACCAUGAAGACUAUGACCCACAAACUGUGAGGCUGGGAAGUAGAUAUAGUCAUGUUCAAGAAGUCCAAGAACGACUUAACUUCCUUAGAUUUUUAUUGAAGGAUGGCCAAUUAUGGCUAUGUGCUCCUCAGGCAAAACAAAUAUGGAAAUGCUUAGCUGAGAAUGCGGUUUACCUUUGUGAUCGUGAGGCCUGUUUUAAGUGGUAUUCCAAAUUGAUGGGGGAUGAACCAGACUUAGAUCCUGAUAUUAAUAAGGACUUCUUUGAAAGUAAUGUCCUUCAGCUUGAUCCUUCCCUAUUAACUGAAAAUGGAAUGAAAUGUUUUGAGCGAUUCUUCAAAGCUGUGAAUUGUCGAGAAGGAAAACUAGUAGCAAAAAGGAGAGCAUAUAUGAUGGAUGAUUUGGAGUUAAUAGGAUUAGAUUACCUUUGGAGGGUCGUAAUUCAGAGUAUUGAUGAUAUUGCCAGCAGAGCUAUAGAUCUCCUCAAAGAGAUAUAUACAAACCUUGGUCCAAGGCUACAGGUCAAUCAGGUGGUGAUCCAUGAAGAUUUCAUUCAGUCCUGCUUUGAUCGUUUGAAAGCCUCCUAUGACACGUUGUGUGUUUUGGAUGGUGACAAAGACAGUAUUAAUUGUGCAAGGCAAGAAGCUGUUCGAAUGGUUCGAGUAUUAACUGUUUUAAGGGAAUAUAUAAAUGAAUGUGACAGUGAUUAUCAUGAGGAAAGAACAAUUCUACCUAUGUCAAGAGCAUUCCGCGGUAAACACCUCUCUUUUGUAGUUCGAUUUCCAAACCAGGGCAGACAGGUUGAUGACUUGGAGGUAUGGUCUCAUACAAAUGACACAGUUGGUUCAGUACGGCGAUGUAUUCUCAAUCGUAUUAAAGCCAACGUAGCCCAUACAAAAAUUGAGCUCUUUGUGGGCGGCGAGCUGAUAGAUCCUGCAGAUGAUAGAAAGUUGAUUGGACAAUUAAAUUUAAAAGAUAAAUCGCUAAUUACAGCCAAACUUACACAAAUAAGUUCGAAUAUGCCUUCAAGCCCUGAUAGCUCUUCUGAUUCUUCAACUGGAUCUCCUGGAAACCAUGGUAAUCAUUACAGUGAUGGUCCCAAUCCAGAAGUGGAAAGCUGUUUGCCUGGAGUGAUAAUGUCACUGCAUCCCAGAUACAUCUCUUUCCUUUGGCAAGUUGCAGACUUAGGUAGCAGCCUGAAUAUGCCACCUCUUAGAGAUGGAGCAAGAGUACUUAUGAAACUUAUGCCACCAGAUAGCACAACAAUAGAAAAAUUAAGAGCUAUUUGUUUAGACCACGCCAAACUUGGAGAAAGCAGCCUUAGUCCAUCUCUUGAUUCACUUUUCUUUGGUCCUUCAGCCUCACAAGUGCUAUACCUAACAGAGGUAGUCUAUGCCUUGUUAAUGCCUGCUGGUGCACCUCUGGCUGAUGAUUCCUCUGAUUUUCAGUUUCACUUCUUGAAAAGUGGUGGCCUACCCCUUGUCCUGAGUAUGCUAACCAGAAAUAAUUUCCUACCGAAUGCAGAUAUGGAAACUCGAAGGGGUGCCUACCUCAAUGCCCUUAAAAUAGCCAAACUGUUGCUUACCGCCAUUGGCUAUGGUCAUGUUCGAGCUGUGGCAGAAGCUUGUCAGCCAGGUGCAGAAGGUGUGAAUCCCAUGACAUCGGUAAACCAAGUUACUCAUGAUCAAGCAGUGGUGCUACAAAGUGCCCUUCAGAGCAUUCCUAAUCCAUCAUCCGAGUGUAUGCUUAGAAAUGUGUCAAUUCGUCUUGCUCAGCAGAUAUCUGAUGAGGCUUCAAGAUAUAUGCCUGAUAUUUGUGUAAUUAGAGCUGUCCAAAAAAUUAUCUGGACAUCAGGAUGUGGGUCAUUACAGCUAGUAUUUAGCCCAAAUGAAGAAAUCACUAAAAUUUAUGAGAAGACCAAUGCAGUCAAUGAGCUGGACUUGGAAGAUGAACAGGUUUGCUGUGAAGCAUUGGAAGUGAUGACAUUAUGUUUUGCCUUGAUUCCGACAGCCUUAGAUGCUCUUAGUAAAGAAAAGGCUUGGCAGACAUUCAUCAUUGACUUACUGUUGCAUUGUCACAGCAAAACCGUUCGUCAGGUGGCACAGGAGCAGUUCUUUUUAAUGUGCACCAGAUGUUGCAUGGGACAUCGGCCUCUACUUUUUUUCAUUACUCUACUGUUUACUGUUUUGGGGAGCACAGCCAGAGAGAGAGCUAAACAUUCAGGCGACUACUUCACUCUUUUAAGGCACCUUCUUAAUUAUGCUUACAAUAGUAACAUUAAUGUACCCAAUGCUGAAGUUCUUCUCAAUAAUGAAAUCGAUUGGCUUAAAAGAAUUAGGGAUGAUGUUAAAAGAACAGGAGAAACAGGUGUGGAAGAGACGAUCUUGGAGGGCCACCUUGGGGUAACAAAAGAGUUACUGGCCUUUCAAACCCCUGAGAAAAAAUUUCAUAUUGGUUGUGAAAAAGGAGGUGCUAAUCUCAUUAAAGAAUUAAUUGAUGAUUUCAUCUUUCCUGCAUCCAAUGUUUACCUACAGUAUAUGAGAAAUGGAGAGCUCCCAGCUGAACAGGCUAUUCCAGUCUGUAGUUCUCCAGCUACAAUUAAUGCUGGUUUUGAGUUACUUGUAGCAUUAGCUGUUGGCUGUGUAAGGAAUCUCAAACAGAUAGUAGAUUCUUUGACUGAAAUGUAUUACAUUGGCACAGCAAUAACUACUUGUGAAGCACUUACUGAGUGGGAAUAUUUGCCACCUGUUGGACCUCGUCCACCAAAAGGAUUUGUGGGGCUGAAAAAUGCCGGUGCUACUUGUUACAUGAAUUCUGUGAUUCAGCAACUCUACAUGAUUCCCUCCAUCAGGAACGGUAUUCUUGCGAUUGAAGGCACAGGUAGUGAUGUAGAUGAUGACAUGUCUGGGGAUGAGAAGCAGGACAAUGAGGUAAAUUUUAGUCAUCAGUUUUGUUUUCUGUGA